AUGAACACUACGACCGCUAUCAUGAGCCAACCUCCUGAUAGCCAGAGCGUAUCACAGCGGACGCUAUCGCCUCAUACGGGAGUUAGGGACUCAUCCGAGAAGGAGCGCUUUCCGUCUUUCGAUUACUCAGCGGCCCCAGCCUUUGGUCUACCUGCAGUCGCGGAAAGUCCAGUAGAAGCGAGGUCCGCCGAGUACAAAUGGCCAAGUCGGCGCGCGAGUAACAGACUGCCAACUAUAAGACCAGGUCCGCACACACACAGGCCUAGGCGCAGUGUGAGUGAUGCCCUGGCCAGAUUCCGGAAUCGACAGGGUAGUGUGAGCGAAAAUGCGCAGGAGCUUGCUGAGGCCCUCAAGGCUCCUGUGUCGUGGAAACUAAUUGGCCUCUGCAUUACUUGGUAUAUGACCUCCGCCCUCACGAAUACGUCCUCCAAGUCAAUCCUCAAUACAUUCCCUCAACCCGUCACGCUCACGGUCGUACAAUUUGCUUCGGUCUCGCUUUGGUGUUUGCUACUAGCCUGGCUGUCAUCUGUUUUUCCGCCCUUGAAAUCUGCGAUACCAGCGCUCAAGAAUGGACUACGCAAGCCAUCCUGGGAGGUUCUGUCCACAGCUCUGCCAUUAUCCAUCUUCCAGCUGCUGGGCCAUCUUCUGAGUUCGUAUGCCACCUCGAAAAUUCCUGUAUCACUGGUGCAUACCAUCAAAGGUCUGUCUCCGUUGUUCACAGUGGGUGCAUACCGGCUUAUCUUCCGGAUGAGGUAUGCCCGGGCAACAUAUCUGUCCUUAGUGCCACUCACAUUUGGCGUAAUGUUGGCAUGCUCGACAGACUUCUCCACGAACUUCCUGGGUAUUGCAGCUUCAUUCGUGGCGGCUAUUGUUUUCGUGACACAGAACAUCUAUUCCAAGAAGUUGUUUACUCAAUCCGAUCGUGCUGCAGUGGAAGGCAAUACCCAGCAUGGGAAGAAGCUCGACAAGUUGAACUUGUUGUGCUAUUGCUCACUCGGGGCAUUCAUGUUCAGUGCGCCCUUCUGGCUUUAUACUGAAGGCUGGGGUAUCUGGCGCGAUUAUUGGAGCGAUGGCGAUGUCAAGCUGCUCAGCAAGCAAGGAGCACUCGACCACGGUCCUUUAGUGAUGGAGUUUGUGUUUAAUGGAGUCUUUCAUUUUGCGCAGAACAUUAUGGCAUUCAUUUUACUCUCCAUGAUGUCGCCUGUGUCAUAUUCAGUGGCGUCAUUGAUCAAAAGGGUGUGGGUCAUAGUAAUAGCCGUGAUUUGGUUCAGAAGCUCAACAACCAGACUUCAGAUGGUUGGCAUCGCUCUCACAUGCUUUGGCCUCUAUCUGUACGACCGUACCAGUUCCGAAGACGCAACAGAGCGCAGGGCGAAGGCAGAUCAUUUCCGGCACAAGGCAGCACUUUUACCAGUAACAGAACUGACUGAAAAACAAGCUGCAAAUGGGCGGCCGGUACAGCCUCCACUUGUACCAGGUAUGAACGAAAAAUUCAGCUUUCCCGGACCUCACAUCAAGAAAGAUGAUGAUACAGGCAGAGCUCGAGAGUUGAGUCCAGGGCGUCAAUGGUUGCCACCUGGCACUAGACAGGAGAGUACAUGGGAGCCUGGGGAUCGUCCGACAAAGCAAUGA